AUGGACGUGCAAAGAAUUAUUUUCGAAGGACUGAAAGCAUAUCCGAUAAUUAUAUCGUUCCUGUCGGCGUUAUUGUCUAUGGUGCUAUAUAUCAAAUACUCGUUCGAUAGUUACGCUGUGACGAAUAUCCCUUCCAAAUCAUUACUGCCAUCUUAUGACUUCAUAAUUAUCGGCAGUGGUUCUGCA